UUCGUCAACGAUAGGUCCAGCGAAUGUUAUUAACGUUACUGUCGUAAUAACUUGAUGAUGUCUGUAAUCGUAUACCAAUAAUACGAUUAUAAUACAAGCGCAAUAAUUUCUUUGAGAACGAAACAGUGCGUACUCAGUAAUACGUAUCAUCCGUCAAGUGCUGUAUAUUGGGAUCUUUCUUUCGUCCGAAUUAAUUGGAAUAAUCAACAGCAAUCCGUGGUUCCAUAACGACAGGUGAUGAAAACGGUUGUUAGUAUACUUUUGGAGAUGUAGCGAUGACUCACCGUUUGGCAGAACUACGAAGACACAGAGAGGACCAGAGAAGAUCUUUCAUGGAUCGACCUUCUCUACCUGUGGAAACGAAUCGGUCUUCAACUUGCUUGUACGUCAAUACACUCAGAAAAGUUGUUAAACACACUUACAGAAGUAGUAGUUUUCAAAAUACGCGGUCGCUGUACAAGUGGAAAAAACGCGUGGGUAUCGCAACAAGAAAAAAAUGGCUCUUGACUUCGUCGCAGGAUGUCUGGGAGGAUCUGCCGGCAUUAUGGUUGGAUACCCUCUGGAUACGAUCAAGGUACACAUGCAAACGCAGGACUAUCGGAAUCCCAAAUACAAAGGCAACUGGCAUUGCUUCCGUACAAUCAUUGCGAAGGAAUCGGUAGCAGGCCUUUACCGAGGUAUGACAUCGCCAAUGGCAGGCGUGGCAAUGGUGAAUGCAAUCAUCUUUGGUGUAUACGGUCAGGCACAAAAACACAUGACCAACCCAGACUCCCUCGCAUCGCAUUUCAUCGCCGGAACCAUAGCCGGAAUUGCUCAAAGUCCAAUUUGUAGUCCGAUGGAGUUGGCUAAAACUCGUAUCCAGCUACAGGCGUCAAGUGGUCAAUUUUCUGGGCCUCUACAAUACCUAAAACACACUUAUAAAUGGGAAGGUUACCGAGGAGUAUUCAAAGGCUUAAAUAUCACAAUGCUCAGAGAAGCUCCCAGUUUUGGUGUCUACUUCCUGACAUACGAAGCGAUGACAAGAUCCUCUGGGAACGAACCAGUUUCCACACCGCGUAUGUUGCUAGCCGGAGGAAUCGCUGGAACCGCUUCCUGGUUGCUAACUUAUCCCCUUGACGUGAUCAAAUCCAGAAUCCAAGCCGAUGACAAUCGUUACAGGGGUGUCGUUGAUUGUUUUAAACGAUCGAUCAAAACCGAGGGUUACCUUUGUCUGUACAGAGGCCUCAGUUCAACGAUUCUUCGAGCAUUCCCCACGAACGCUGUGACAUUCGCUGUGGUCACAUGGACCUUCCGCAUAUGCGGACAAGAAGCAGAUCAAACGUCCCAGACAAGGAAACCUGAAACUGUUAAAGCUAUCAGAGAAAUGUCCGACGUAUGCGAACCUUUCCUCAAGAAGUGGAAUUCGUUUACCAUGGGUGCUUCUUACGAUAUAGUAGUUCCUAGAUUCACGUAUUCGACAAUGUCGGUAGCGUCCACUGGUGAUUCGGCAUUUAAACAACCUAUCUUAGGACAAUUUAGUAGAGAAUCGGAAACACAGAUUAAACAAAAUGUCACUGAACAAGUUCGAGCUGAUAAAUGCAAUGAUGUUGCGGAAACUUUGAAAGACAAAGAGGACACUGCUGAAGAAAGUGAUGAAAAGAAAGUUGAAUUGCUGGAUGUUGAUAGGAGCAUCGGUAAAUGUCGUGUAAUAAAGGCAUCCGGACUUCUGAACUGUUCUUGAGGACAUGGAAUCUAUGGACAUGCUGAACAAUUUGAGAUAAUUUAUUUAACGAAUCUGUAGCAUGUUUCUUCCACUGUGAAAAAGCUGUAGUUUAUAUGAUAUACACAUAGAGAGGGUCAAACAAUUUUCUGUACACAUUGAUUCAACCGAUUGAUUACUAAAUAGUUUAAUUUAUAUUAUUAUUUAACCUAAUUGCUUUUAUACCAAAAAGAAAGAUAUUGUGACCAUCAAUUAAUAAAAUAGUAAAACAUGUGAACUUAA